CAAAAAAGAGAAGAAUAAUAACAUAAAGUGAAGCAGAUUGAAAUAGAAGUUAAGCAAACAUGUUAUCACAUUUAAUGGAAACGUUAUUACUAUUGCUGAUUGCAUCGAGCAGAAAUGUUGAAUCGUCUACUGGAAACGUAGCAGGAAACAAUGCCUUGAAUGAAGAUCCCGAGUUUACAGACAUCAUCGAGAACAUAACGGUGCCAGCCGGAAGAAAUGUUAAAUUAGCAUGCUCUGUGAAGAAUCUCGGCAGCUAUAAAGUGGCGUGGAUGCAUUUCGAACAGUCAGCUAUAUUGACUGUGCAUAAUCACGUAAUUACUAGAAAUCCUCGAAUCUCUGUGACACAUGACAAACACGAUAAGCAUAAAACUUGGUUCUUGCACAUUGCUAAUGUGCAAGAGGAGGACAAGGGAAGAUACAUGUGUCAGAUAAACACAGUCACAGCGAAAACCCAAUUCGGGUAUUUGCAUGUUGUCGUUCCUCCAAAUAUCGACGAUGCACACACAUCGACAGAUGUCGUCGUGAGAGAAGGAGCGAAUGUGACUUUAAGAUGUCGUGCGAAUGGAAGUCCACCACCAACAAUUCGAUGGAAGCGUGACGACAACAUGAAAAUAAACAUAAACAGAAGUUUAGCGGUAAGCGAAUGGGAAAAUGAAACGCUAGAAAUGACUAAAGUGUCGCGUUUAGAUAUCGCUGCUUUCCUCUGCAUAGCAUCGAAUGGAAUACCUCCAAGUGUUUCCAAAAGAAUAAAACUGAGCAUUGAUUUUCCACCAAUGCUUAUUGUUCCCCAUCAACUUGUCGGCAUUCCUCUCGCAUUUAAUGCUACUUUGGAGUGUGUUGUGGAAGCACAUCCUACCUCAUUGAACUACUGGUGCAGGGAAAAUGAAAAGAUGAUUUAUGAUUCUCAAAAAUAUAAGACUGAAACUUUGGUGAGUUCACCAUCGUACAAAAGCAUAAUGAGGCUCACAAUUUACAACAUCCAACAUUCUGACUUUGGGAUCUAUAAGUGUGUUGCAAAAAAUCCACGAGGUGAAACUGAGUCCUCUAUACGGUUGUAUUCUUCACAACCACCUACAACAAUUCCGCCACCAACGACGGAAGUCAUUGAAACGACGUCAACUAAAAAGGUUGUCAAUUAUCUUCCACCAGUUGGACAAACAACUGUGUACACAGUUCACAUGAUUGAUAAAGGAUCGAAAUAUCAAGCCAGCAUUAAUGAAAUUGAAAAUUCAGAGCAAAAACUUACAGAUAGUGCUAAGAGUGUCGAUUGGUCGGGAGAUAUCGACAAAACCAAUAAAGUUCAUGAGCAAUUAUAGAUCGAAUAUUAGUGUAUGAAAUGCACCCAAUGCGCCCUCAUCUCUUUACGAAAAAACCUACACAUGGAGGAUUGCGGGCAAAACCGAAAAAAAGAGUUAAAUUUAUGAUUAUUAUAUCACAUUAUGUACACACGC